AUGCAGGAUGUUGAUCCCGCUGCAGACUCGGAUUAUGCCGAAGAUUCGCAGUCCGACUUGACUUCUCUCCGGAGUAGCAUCACCGACUAUUAUUUCGAGAACGGCCGUCGGUAUCAUGCCUUCCACGCGGGAGCCUACUGGGGUCCGAAUGAUGAAAAGGCCAUGGAUAGUAUGGAAAUCGGACACUUUUUAUACACCCUGAUGCUGGGCAACCGGCUGUAUCUCGCGCCUAUCAAAGAAGGCCUGGGCGCCGUGCUCGACGUCGGGACUGGAACAGGGAUAUGGGCGAUAGACUUCGCAGACAUGCACCCGUCCGCACGAGUCAUCGGCACCGACCUCUCGCCGAUCCAGCCGUCCUUCGUGCCGCCGAACGUGCAAUUCGAAGUCGACGACUGCUGCGACCCGUGGCUGUUCCCCCGCGACUACUUCGACUACGUGCACAUCCGCGGACUGACGGGCUGCGUGGCCGACUGGAGCGCGUUCUACAGAGAAGCAUACACGCAUAUCAAGCCGGGCGGGUGGAUCGAGCAGCUCGAGCAGUCGGUGGAGCCGAAGUCGGACGACGGCACGACCGAGGGGACGAUUUUCGAGCAGUGGGGGGAGGUGUCCUUGCAGGCCGGGGAUGCGUUUGGGAAGACGCUGCGGGUGGUGGACGAGGCGAAGGACGGGCUGAUCGAGGCGGGAUUCGUGGAUGUUGUGGAGAAAAGGUUCAAGAUUCCGGUUGGGCCGUGGGCGAAGAACCCGCAUUUGAAGAAGCUGGGGAAGUUGAAUCGGAUUUAUGGAGAGGAGGCGAUCGAGGGGUAUUCGGUGAUGCUAUUGACGAAGAUCCUGGGGUGGAAACGCGCGGAGGUCGAGGUUUAUCUGGCGAAGAUGCGUCAAGGGAUGCGGGACCCGAGUAUCCACGCGUAUCAGGAGAUGGUUGUGGUGUAUGGAAGACGACCAGAGAGGACAUCAAGCUGA